AAAAAAAGAUCAUGAUAUUUAUAACACUCAUAUAAAACUUUUAAUCAAGGUCAUGCGUUUAAUGCAUGAAUGCUUUGCGAUAAUACGCUUACUUACUUUGGAACCGUUGCCCAAUACUGUCAGGUGAUAAGAAAAAUGAUUAUUCUUUUGCAUUUCACAAUAUUUUCCACGCUGUUAGCUUUUUCAAAAAGUGACAUUUUCAAGUCAUGGACAGUGUAUCAAUUGUUAGAACGUGAUGGAUACCAAGCAGAAACUCAUACUGUCAUUACCGAAGAUGGGUACAUUUUGAGUGUACACCGGAUUCCUGGAAGAGAAAAUUCAACACCUGUGUUAUUAUCGCACGGACUGUUGAUGAACUCGGCUAUCUGGCUUAUACCGGGCAAAGGAAAAUCUUUAGCGUAUCUGUUGGCCGAUCGAGGUUAUGACGUCUGGAUGAGCAAUGUUAGAGGAAAUGAUUACACAUCACACGUCAAUUUGACAUCUGAUACUUAUGAAUUUUGGGAUUUUAGUUUCCAUGAAAUGGGUAUUUACGAUUUUCCCGCUACGAUUAAUUAUAUUUCAAAUAUAACAAAUGACAAAGUUAUUAUGGUCGGACAUUCUCUGGGUACCACCAUCAGCUUCGUAAUGGAGUCCGAGCGCCCUGAAAUGGCCGACAAAGUGAAACUAAUAAUAUCUCUCGGACCAGGCAUUCUCUUCGAAAAUCAGAACUACAAUUCUAGAAUUUUUUUCAUGUUCGUAGAAUUUUUUGGAAAGAUUUUACGAAAGUCAAACAUAUUUACUUCUACGAGAAGUCUACAAUCUCCUUUAUUAAAAAUUAUUCACACCUUGCUGUGCGAAUUAAGUGAAGAAGAAAGUCUUUUCUGUCAAAAAAUAUAUUUUUCUGUUUUAGGACCUGAACUUAAUCAGUUCAAUAAUACUCUUUUAGCCCCAAUUUUAGAAAACGUUCCAUCUUUUUCUUCAUCGAAGAUUUUACUUCAUCUCUUGCAAGGGUUAUACUGGAAACGGCUUGCACAAUACGACUACGGCGAGAAGAAAAAUUUAGAAAUUUACAAUUCAACCGAAUCACCUGCUUAUAAUUUAACAAGAGUUACUUCUCCAAUUGCUUUGAUAGUUUCUGAUGAUGAUUUAUAUGCAAUUUCUGAGGAUGUACGAGCAUUGUCUGAAUUGUUACCAAAUGUAGUCGACAAAUACAAGGUGAAUUACAAAGGAUUUACUCACAUGGAUUUCAUUUGGGGAAUAGACGCUAAUUCAUUGGUUUAUGAUCAUGUGAUUGAUCUUAUUAGAAAAUUUACAUAAAAAUAUAAUAAAUUACUUGUAAUAGAAAUUUUUACCAUAGAUGGCAAACAGAAUAUUUUGAUAUUCCAAUGGCUUGGAAAUUAGCAGAAAUCUGACAAUUUUAUUACAAUUUAAUCAUAAA